AUGAGUCUAACACCAAUUAUCCUAUUGUUAUUUCUCAUUUUUCAUGGUGUAAACGGGCAAGUAUGCCGGGCUGGAUUGGGCGAUGCGACUCCUUGUAAUGAUGUUCUCAUCAUUAUGGAUUUCAGCUUUUACAUGAAAAACAAUUCCUUCAUUCUUCAACAAUAUGAUUUUGUGCGAGAAAAACUCUUACCUGCGUACAAUCUCCGAGCGGGUCGUUAUGGAAUCGCCAUUGGAGCAUUUGGAUUUCUAGAUUAUGCUAAAUUGGGAAUCGAGGCACCACUGCUCAUGUUUUUUACGCGUUUUGAUCCAACACAUAUCUGUGAUGAUAUUGAUCAGAUCAAGACUGAUUUCAUCGGAAAUCUUACUCUUGGCACAUUGCCUUUGGCUCGUGUCCUGGAUCUUGUUGUAUAUUAUGCGGAUAAAGACGGAAAUCGCUAUUCAACAGUCAUUCUUUUCACCGCAUCAAUCGAUCAGGGAGAAAUAGAUCAAGCUGGAGAAUAUUAUAGAGAUGUAAUGGGAAGAACGGGUGAAAGCUAUCAUAUAGUGAUUGUUUCAAUUAACAACCCAAAAAUGAACUAUGCAGCAUGGUACGGAGUGGCUAAUAUUUAUCGAACGACGAAUUUUGUUGAUUUUAAUGGGACUGAAGUGGGCGAGUGUAUAGCCACAACGGGUUGCUCGGUUAAUUGCCACCUUGAUGUGACCACCGUUUCUGUGGCCAAUUACACGGAUCGCUACUAUACGGCUGGCACAACCCCCGCUCCGUUACCCACCCAUCCAAUGCCAACAACAACCCCUGGAAGGAAUAUCACUAUCACAGCUCCGUUGACAACGACAACGACAACAGCGACAACAACGACAACAACGACGAUAAAAACGACUCCUAUCAUUACAACAACUACCACUAGCGGAGCCCCUCCUUAUAAUGCUGGGAAAUACGGAUGCGAGUGUGAUGUGUCUAAAAUUUGGUUAGAUAUCAUGGUUAUUAUCGACUCAUCCUCAGCUAUGACACUCAGUGGGAUUCAAUCGCUGAAUAUCUUCUUACUCUCAACCUUCUUACAAAUGAAUAUUGGUCAAGAUGUGUCACAAGUGUCAAGAAUUGGACUGGUUGUUUAUGGAGGAUCGGCUGAGCUCGUCUACAAACUCACCGAAUUUACAUCUAGGGACGAUCUGUUGAAUCGUUGGAACCCGAAAUUCCUCAAUGAGAAUUCGACUAACUUGGAAAGUGCCAUAAAAAUGGCUCACGAUGAGUUCGAGAGAGCCGGCUCAUCGAGACCUAACACGAAACAAGUGAUGAUUGUGGCGGCUAGCACCUAUUCUCCCGGUCAAGCUGAUGAUCCCCUUCAAAUUGCAAAUCAAACAAAACAAGAUGGCAUAAAGAUUAUCACCAUUGAGUACGUACAAAAUCACGGUCUACCAGUGCCAAUUUUGUAUCAAAUCGCCUCUCCAAACUACAAUUUGUCAAACAUUUUUGAGAACCUUCACACCAGUCAACUACAAUUUUUGCUGUGUCAAGCGAAUUGUUUUUGCACGACAAAUUGGGAUCCGGCAAAGGCUAGCAUGUAUAAUACACCAGAUGGUGGCUGUUAUUAUCCUGUAUUAAUCCCGGCCCUCUUUGAACUUGCACAAAGAUUUUGCCAUGGACAAGGAGGGAUUAUAUCUGCAAUCGAAGAUCAGGAUAAAGCGCUUUUCAUUUCGAAAGAAAACAAAAAAAUGGAAACAUGGAUUGGUCUUCAAUGCACAAAUCAGAAUUGCUUAUGGGAUGAUGGAUCUGCGCUCGGAGCCUACCAACCCUGGGCAACCAACAAUCCAAACACUGCAGCAGGAACUUGCGUUUGGCAAAACAACCCAUCUGGGUUGCGUAUUCAAUGGCAAAGUGAUAACUGCACGGAUGAUCACAUGUACAUUUGUCAAAGAACCCCUUGUUCCAGUGUGAAUUUCUGUACCGACCGAAUAAGA